UCAGGCCUGUGCCCCGGUGGGCCUGGAGAAGCCAGUGCUGAGGUCUUUUCCUCUUCCUUUGCACCAGGAGCACAGCCAGCUGCAGCAGCUCUCCAUGCUCCUCUUCCGGGAGCUGAUGGAAGCGACAGAGAGGAGCAAGAGCCUAAAGCCACACGUGUACCUGAGUCUGGUGCCAUUCUACUUCAACUGGCACGAUGAGAACCAGCGUGUGGCAGAGGCCUCUCGGAGAGCACUGUUUGGUGCAGCCAGGUUCCUGAAGUGGAGGGAUCUUGAGAACUUGGUGACCAUGGAGCAGCCAUGGAGGUUUCCCGAGUGCCUGCUGGAAAAGGACAGGAGCCGAGUGGGCCAGUACGUGCGCCAGGCCCUGCCGUUCCUGGAGAGCCCAGAGGAGCCCCUGCGAAAGCUGGCCAUCAAGUUUCUGGGGAUCGCCGCCAGGUCCAUGAAGCAGGAGCAGCCAGAGCUGCAGCUCAUCUGCCAGGCCCUUCAAGACAUGACUGAUGACAGCCCUGCCGUCUCAAACCUGGCCCAGGAAACGCUCCACAUCAUCAGAGCUGUACGGAGAACUUCAUUCUUCUCAUUCUGGUAGUCUCCGUUGCUGCCUCUUCCAGCCCGUAGUGGUGUGACAGAAGACAUCAGACUCGCCAUGGCAGGCCUGGCAAUUCAACACUGCU